AUGCCAGUGGAUUGGUCUUCGUCUUCUUCGGAUGAGGAACUUCGAACGGCUUUGCGGCGCAACGUCAGGCGAAUGCGGGAUGAGGAACGGGCCCUACCCACUUCUAGACCAUUAACUACUGUUUAUAAUGGUGAAACUGUGCAGGUAAAAUAUGGUACCAUAUACUGCCCCUUCAGAAAAAAACACUUUCAUAUACGUUCAGUGAGGCGAAACCCAGAAGCAUUUUUUGGUGAUGCAAAUGUACGACGAAAGAGGCGUCCUUGUUUAUCUUCUUCAUCUAUUCAGCUUCUGGAUGUCUCUUUUGAAGAAACAACUCCUGGAUUCAAGAAAGUUACGCUUAAGGAAGUCAGCGAUACUGGGUUUUAUGUUUUCCAUGACAUCAAGGAAUUUCCCUCACCCUCCUUUAAAAUGUUGAAGCCACCGCUUUUGCAGGAUUUUAGGUAUUCUCGCGUUGCAAUGGAAGACUGUUUUAAAGAACGUUUGGUAUCUCCAGUCUGCUUGUGUAACGAAACUGGUGGCUGGAGACACCCUGCAUACCAAAUAGAUCCAACUGGCGCAGUUACAAGUUUUUUGGAUGGUCGUUUUGCUUUCGUAGGUACGGCCCCUCAAUCAAAUCUUUAUGUUGUGGAAAAUGACACAUUGUUACCGCACUCUCUCAGGAUUCCCGAUGGUAGCACUGACAUAGUUGGAAUGCAUGCUGUUGGUCCUAAUGCUAUGCUUAUUAUGAGAAAAAAUCGGCUUCAGCAGCUUGUUUGGGAUUUUGAUACCUCGUCAAAUUUUGCGUUAUGGAAUUCUUCUCCCAAGACCAACGUAACCUUUUCUCUUUCAUGCACCAGUGCAUUUUUAGAAGGCCAAGGUACAACUUGUGUCUUUCUAGUCUCCGGGAGGAGUUUAUUUACCGCUGCUUUGCAUGAGUCCAUGAUUCCCAGACCCCAUAAAUUGUGUACAUUUUCUGAAACCCCUAUCUCUUCGGUGGAUACAUUUUCGGUGGGGCCGCUUGCCAAUCAGGUGGUGUUGUGUGGAAUGAGGAAUGGUGCCAUUCAAGUACAAUCGUUGCAAAAUGUGCGAACUCAUUGCUCCUUCACUUCCACUAUUAAGUCUAAGGCGGUGUCCAUAUCUUAUAUUAAUUGCGUGAGAGAUACUUAUAACUUUGUUACAGUUUCUAUUAACGGUGAAGUGAAAUUAUGGGAUCUACGAUAUAUGAGUACAAAAGAACCAGUCUCCGAAAUGAGGAUAAGCACAGCUGGCGGUCGUUUUCACAAUAUACAAGCUGCUUUUGUUGAUGACAUUGCUUGCUUUACGAAUUCCACAGGGUGUAUUUCGUGCAUUAACAUGAGAAGGUGGUUAAGCCUUGGUCAAUAUCAACGAGUCGGCGGCAACGAGGGCCGAGUUCACGUGGUGCGAAGUGCAGCCGGGUACCAAAUACUGGAUGCUGGCAUUGACGCUACAAUGACGUAUCUAUUGCACAUUGUAUACUCCUGUGGCUGUGGUUUCUUUCCACACACUUUUUUGUUUUUGCUUUCUGCUUUGUUAAGACCUUUGUUUCACACCGUGAGAGUGCUUUCUUGUCAAAGGGGAAAAAAUGAUAUUUUCCUUCUUUUUUCAAUAUUAUUAUUGAUGUUUGAAAGCCCGCUCCGUAUUCCAUUGUUUCUGGGGAUCAGAGACAACUCUCAGUUGAGCGAGAAAUAG